AUGCAACAUGAACCUACGGCAGUUGAGACGACCUCGGGGAGAGGGGGAGCAUCAAAUGCGCCUUCACGAUGGGCGCGGCUCGGAGGUCACUUCAGCCUGAGACCGGUGGAAGAUGACGAGCCACAGUCUUGGUGGAUAGCAUCUACGGCCAUUCCGCUCGUUGCCGCUGCGACGGGACCUCUCGCUAAUGUCAUGUCGGUUGUUGCACUGGUUAUGCCUUGGAGGAGUGACAUCCUUUCCAAAAAGAUUGGACCUGCUGGAAACUAUAUACAGGAGGGAUACUCAGACCACCACUGGAUCACUGCCCUCAACGCGGUCUCGCUUGUCUGUGGCAUUGUGGGCAAUGCUUUCCUAUUGUUCAACUUCACCCAGAUCGUGCGUUAUAUCAUCGCCCUUCCGGUGACGAUUAUCCUGUGGUUCUUGGCCACAGGUAUUUUAUGUGGAAUCACCAUAGCCAUCGAUAUUUAUGCCCCACCAAUUGGGGAUGAUCGUGUCUUCUCCCAAGCAUACUGGAGCGCUGUGAUUGCUGCAUGUCUCUAUUUCGUCCUGAGCAUCAUCUUGAUGAUCAAUAUGCUGGGUUAUUUUCUGGGCAAAUACCCACAGCACUUCUCGUUAACCGACGAACAACGAACCUUGAUUUUGCAAAUGACCGCCUUUGUUAUCUGGUUGUUGAUAGGUGCUGCCAUCUUUCAGCGGGUGCUUGGGAUCUCUUUCGCAGAUGCACUGUACUUUUGCGAUGUCACUGUGUUGACCUUAGGGUUUGGUGAUAUCACUGCCACAAGCUCUGUUGGGCGCGGCCUUGUCUGGCCAUAUGCAGUCAUUGGAAUCAUCAUUCUAGGUUUAGUUGUGGGAAGCAUUCAUAAAUUUGCUCGUGAGGUCCAUUACGACAAUGUCAUCCAAAAACACAUCGAACAAAAGCGACAAACGACUUUCGACCGAUCCCUUGGCACCGAGGAAUUUUGUGCUUCUAAAGGGAAGUCCUCCAUUGGAAACAUUGAUCCCCCAAUGGAAGCCUCGAAAAAUCCAAAUUUUCCCAACCACCGUUCCCGGCGACCAAUUCGAAAUACCCUGAGCGCCAUCGCAGCAGGGCGCCGACCCAAAAUCAACAUCAUACGCGAAGAAAAAGACCGAUUCGAUGCCAUGCGUCGUAUCCAAUAUGAUACCUUGCGAUUUCGCCGGUGGAAUGACCUUAUUAUCAGUAUCAUUGCUUUUGGAAUCGUAUGGUCUUGUGGAGCAGUCGUAUUCUGGCGACUAGAGGAUCUGACAUACUUUGAUUCACUCUACUUCUGUUUCGCGUCAUUAUUGACAAUUGGCUACGGAGAUUUCACACCCCAGUCAAACGCUGGUCGACCAUUCUUCGUGCUCUGGUCCCUCAUCGCCAUCCCAACCAUGACCAUGCUUAUCUCUCAAAUGAGCGACACAAUUGUCGCCAGCUUCAAGAGUGCCACCAGCAGCGUCGCGGACUACGUUGUAUUGCCUCAAUCGCACCUUUACAAGUCCUUCCUCGGUCGAAUACCUUGGGUGGCACAGCUCAUGCUUUCCCGCGAGGAGAAAAAAAGACUAAAACGAGGCUUUCCACUGGAAGGAGCCGACAAAGCAGAAGCAGACGAGAGUCCAAAUCCAACGACAACAAACGACUCCAAUGGCAGUGGUGACCCGGCGGCAGCACAUCCUCACCGGACCCUGGAAGAGCUUGUCCGCGAUCCCUCGCCCCUCGAGCUUGCCCAACAACUUGCCUUUGCCAUUCGACGGGCUACAAGACAUGCGCGCGAGGGUAAACGGAAGCGGUACUGCUACGAGGAAUGGGUCGAGUUUACCCGCCUCAUCAAGUUCACAGACCCGCGAGCCCGACCACCGUCACAGAAAAGCCAACCAGAAGCUUUGGGCUCUUUGGAGCUUAAUGAGGAUGAGUACGGGCUUUUGAAUUGGGAUUGGAUUGGUGAGAACAGCCCCAUGUUGGCGAAACAGACAGAGCCAGAGUGGGUUUUGGAUCGAUUAUGCGAGAGUCUUAUUCGAUAUGUAUCAACACAAGAGGAUCGAUCUGCUGUGACAGAGCCAGAGGAGCCCACUUUGGAGAAGGAGAGAGACAUUGGGUUGGAUGAAUAG